UAGAGUGACAAUGAGAUAAGUCUAUGGGAUAUAAAAACAGGACGGCUUAAGCGGAAAUUUUUGGGAGAGUACGAGAAAGCUUUGUUUUGUUGCAGUGACAAAAUGAUAGCUUGUAAAAUGCAUGCGACUGUUUCUGUAAAGGAAGUUGAAACAGGAAAGAUGCACUGCACUGUCAAUCUACCUUCAUGUUCAUUCGAAACAAGCAUAUGUGUUGCUGGGAAGGUCAAGUCGUUACUUUUGGCAUUCACACAAACUACCUGCUUUAUAUAUGAUCUUCAUGACAACGGGAAGCUUAUCAAGCCUCUGUUACAUCCAGAAAAAGUGAAAUUUGGAAUUUGGAAUGGAGCUUAACUAGUGCUACAGACAACUUUGUUGCUGUGACCGACUCAUGGCGAAUAUUUAUCACCGUCCUUGACCUUAAAUCCAUGACCUUCAUGAAAAAGUUCCGAGGUAUUGAGAUUAUCUAUGACGAGGAUGAUGAAGAAGAAGAGAGCAAAAGAAGAAUAGUGAGGACAAUUUCCAUACAUCCCGAUGAAACUCAUCUAGCAUAUGUGUUAACCAGUGAAAUCAUAUUCGCUGAUUUCCAUGGAAACAAGAUCAGAAAUAUGCCAGGAAGUCGACGAGCUACAUCAUGGUAAUAGAUUGGAAGCAUCAAAAACGAUAGACAUGAAAACGGUGAUCACUGUAGCUGGUGACAGUAAUUUACGAAUCUGGGACCGGACGAAAAGCAAACAGCCUACAAAUGAAAGCGCGGACAAUAAUCUUUCUCAAAAGAUAGGGCGUAUAUAUAGACUUUGGUCAUUGGAACCUACAAGAUACAUGUUCGUAGAAGGUACAGCCACGUCAGAGUCGUCAGAUGUACUGUUUGGCGUUUAUGAUUGUAUCACGGACAAGUUUAUCAAAAUACGAAGAAUGAACGUGAUAACCUAUAGCAGUAACGUACAUCAGAUAGAUGCAACAAGGGUUUUGGUAAAACUGAAUAGAAAAUUAUUUGUCAUAAAUUUGAACACGAUGGAUAUAGAGACAAAACUGCAAGGCUUCACAUGCAAAGAUUCGUCCUAUUUCAAGUACACGCCUCGAAAUCAGCUAAUUUGUCAUACAAAGGCAGACAAAAACCUUAAAAUCUAUGACCUAAGUACGGGUAAGGUUGUGUGCGUCUUAAAAGCGGGACAGACUAUGAAUUUAGAAUCGUUUGUUGUGAAUAGCACAGGAAAAGUCGCGUGCGCAUCUUCUGAUAAAGGGCCGCUAAUUCUGUAUGAUCUUGUUGACCAAGAAGUGAUGUAUACCAUUCCUUCAAAGCCCGAUUACCACGAGCGUGUCGGUUUGUAUAAGUGGAUAAAUGCUGAAGGUACACGACUUAUAUUCAGCACACGGGACAACCUACCUUAUAUGACAGAAGGGGUCAGAGUUGAUCAUCUUGUUGUUUGGGACAUACAAAACAAAAAAGAGUUGUUUAGAAUGUACGACAGUGUAUAUCAACAAAAAUAUGAGGCACUGAAAAACAUGGACGAUACAUCGGUGGCAGAGCUUCGUCAACUUGACGAUCGCCGGAUGAUCACAUUGAACCGUGAUAAAAUUCUUCGAGUAUAUGAUUUGGACACUGGAAAAUUGCUGCAUAGAUUGGAGGGAGGACAUUCUACGUCACUCAAGCUGCACGAAAAAUCUCCAUACAUUCUCACAUGUGAGGAAGACUGCAUUCGACUGUGGGAUAAGACAACCUAUAAACAAGUUGCGACAUUCUCGCUUGAUAAGACAAUAGAAAAUUUGCUUUGGAGUGGAUGCGGGCGAUUUUUCUACACGACGUCGAGUAACCCUGCCAAGGUAUUAAGAUGGAAAAUACAUUAUGGACAUAAAGAGGUGUCAGAUAUCAGUUUUGAUGAAGAUUCACAAUCUAUAUUCUCGUCGAAAGCUGAAUUUGAGCCAUUAGAGAUAGAAAUACCGGAGGAUGUCAAAUUCCCUACUGAAGAGGGAGACCCCGAUGACGAUGUUGAAGUACCGAGCGAUGACGAAGACGAUGACGAUGGUGACGAUUAAAUACAACAGUUCAUAUUUUCACAUUUCCACAUCAACACAGACUUGGGCACUUGAUGAUUAAUUAUUGCAAAGACAAAAUUAUAUUUUGAUAUUUAUACAAAUUUUCAGGUGACCAUAAAUAUCGUGAGAGUGAUUGAAUGCAUGGAAGAAAUUCAUAGUUUUAUAUGGCUUACAGGAAUAUGGUCAUAUCGUCAUAUUUGUGACAUCAUGUGUCAUCAUUCAACAAGAAAAACACAUGAACCUUAUCUGUGAUAAAAUUUUAUAUACUCAUUGACUCCACAAAACUAAUGAUUUAAAAAUGAUAAAAAAAACCUUUUUGGAAGAAAAAAAGUUAAAACUGAUAUAUUUUCAUGAAAUAUUCAUUGAUAAACCUUUAUUAAAACAUUAAAAAUUCUAUUAUCGCAAAAAAAUCUUUUUAGUAUACCAAUCAUUUACUAGACAUAUUAUACAAUUACUAACAUACAGAAUUUACUACUUUACUUUUUCUUAUACAUUAUUGAUUUAUGACGUGUACUCAAAUCAUGUAACAUAUAUGUAGCAUAUGCAAUACUUUAUUACAGGGUACACGUUUGUUUCAUUUUACUUUAUUAACUUUUUAUCAUUUUUCAUUUUCAAAUGUCAAAAUAUUUACUAAAAUCUGUGAUACUUUACAUAAAACACUGCAUAUUUAUUCAUUUUAUAAAUUUACAUUCGAGCUAUAUUUUUUGAACAUGGGAAGACUGUCUUUCCAGUUAGAACUAAUAACUAAUACAUUUAUGUAUUUAGAAAUAAAAUGUGGCUGUUAACUGUAGAAUAAAAUUAUAAUGUUAAAUUGA